CUUGCUUUUAACCAGAAAUCCUUUCCUCCGUCCUCUACCGUCUUCAAUCCUCCAUCUUUCUUGAUCUUUGAUAUCCACCACUGUAUCAAUCAUCCAACUCGUUAAGAAAAGAUAUCGAACAAGAUAUUCUACCCCGCAGCCAACUUUUUGCUUGGCAACGGUGAGAGUCUGCCUGGAACGCAGCCGCAACACCUCCCCCGAAGUCUACCAACGAUCGCUCAACAGUCAAUGUCCAAGGAUCAACCCGAACCGGUUGUCGCCGUUGCUCAGGAGGUUCGCGUCAUUAGCCCUGGGCCGAAUGCCCAAGUCAGAAAAACCUCGGUGCGCGAGAGAACUUCACAGAACAACCAGCCCGACAGCUCUAUUCAAGAACAAGAUGAGCGCGAGAAUGCCCGUGGCGCGGCCCUUGUGCCGGUCAUGAGAACAGGAGACCAAGACCACAAGACGCAAUUGUUUCCCGUCGACCAGGUACUUUCUCCAAACCCUGGACCUUCUGAUCUUGGAUCUCCCGACACGACGCCUCCUAGCAAGAGGAAGGCGGGACUUUCACUAACUCAGCUUGCUAAGAGCAUGAGUGAUCUGGCAGUAAACCAAAAGAAGCGCCGCCUAGACCCGACACCGAAGCACAAGUGGACGAAUUGGUCUAGGUUGACAAGUCCAGCUUUUAUUAGCCAGCCAACCCCCAAAAAUUUGGUCGCUGUUGAACAAUCUCGAGACGUAGAUACUCCCAUGGCAGAUUCUGUUUCGAUUCCAAUUCCAGUAUACAAACCAUACAAGAUUCGGGAGAGCAGGCUGGGUGGGAUGGGCAUGUUUGCGACCACAGAUAUUCCCAAGGGUAAGAUAAUUACCGAAGAACAAUCACUCAUUCGAUUACUGUGCUUCGACGUGUGCGCCACUGAAGACGAUCCUUCCUAUCGCGACAUGGUCGAAACUCUUACUUAUCAAUUCGACCACCUAGCCUCGCCAGAAGACAGAGCUUUCACCGAAAACCUGGAGCCAUUCUACGGCGAAGAAUCUUUUGUCCUGAGAGUCAUGCGAAAGUACGGCUUCGAGGCUUAUCAUUCGGAGUGCUUCCCCUGUACAGCUUUAUUUCGGGACAUUUGCCGAGCCAAUCACUCUUGUGACAGAGCGAAUGCUUAUAUUGUCAACUUGGGCAACGAGAACGACUCGUCAACUGGUAGGUUGACAGCGUCUCGGGCAGUUGAGAUAGGAGAGGAGAUUCUGAUUGAUUACACUGUUCUGGGAUGGGCACUACUUGAGAAGGGGGAAAUGCUCAAGAAGUAUAGGUUCGUUUGUAGUCGGUCGUCGUGCAAGUCUUGCUAUGAGGGCUUUGAGUAGGACUAUUAGUAGUGGGGAAGAAGUUCAUAGGCAAGA